CCCUCCCGCGCUCGGCUAAGCACCGCCCCUUUUGCCUCGCUCCCGGCUCUGCCCCGCCCCUUUACGUCAUCGCCGUGCGCCCGGCCACCAGCGUCGCGCGGGGCUGCAGGCCCCCCUUUUGCGAUGCCCCCCCCCCCGCGGCGCUAGAGCCCCGCCCUUGGCUGUCAUGGGCAGGGCGGGGCGCCGCGUCCCCCCACAGCGGGGGGGGCUCCCCGAGGCCAAACGCCGAGGCCGGGCCCGGAGCCGGAGGGAGGGGCUGGAGGCGGAGCUACAGAGGCUGGAUCUGGGCGCGGAGGCUGCGGCACCCACGGGGACGGGGCUGGUCUACGACGAGCGAUUCGCCACCGUUUUGGGGGAUGACAGCACCCCCAUUUUCCCCCCCAGCACCCCUGAGGGUCCGGAGCCGCUGUCGGCCGCGUGGGCGACGCUGGAGGAGCUGGGGUUGGUGCAGCGCUGCGUCCGCGUGGAGUGCCGCCCCGCUACCGAUGAAGAGCUGCUGCUGGUGCACAGCCCCUCCUUCCUGGCUCAGAUGGAGGCGCAGACCCCCGGCUGCCCCCCCACGACCCCCCCAGAGGGGGGCCCCCCCCGCCUGGCCGCGGGGUCGCUGCUGGCGCUGCUGACGAAGGUGCUGAGCGGGGACCUGCGCAAUGGGCUGGCGCUGCUGCGCCCCCCCGGGCGCCAGGCGGAGCCGGAGGAGGCGAACGGCUGCCGCGGCUUCAACGCCAUCGCCGUCGCAGCCCGGGCGGCCCAGCGACACCUCGGGGUGCAGCGCAUCCUCAUCGUGGACUGGUGCUCCCAGCCCGGCCGGGCCAUCCCCCGCCUCUUCCAGGACGACCCCAGUGUCCUGUAUUUCGGGGUACACCGGGGCUCGGACCCCCCCGCGACUGCCGGCACCGGCCGGGGCGAGGGCUUCACCGUCGACGUGCGCUGGGAUGAGGCCGGCGUGACGGAUGGCGACUAUGCAGCUGCCUUCUUCCACCUCCUCCUCCCCAUCGCCUUCGAGUUCCAGCCCCAGCUCGUCCUGGUCGCCGCCAGCUUCGACGCCGCCCUCGGGGACCCGGAGGGACGUAUGGGGGUCUCCCCCGACGGCUACGCCCUCAUGACCCACCUGCUGUCGGCACUGGCGGGGGGUCGCCUGCUCCUCGCUCUCGAGGGUGGGUCAGAGCCAGGGGGGCUCAGCGCCGUCCUGCGCACGCUGCUGGGAGACGCCGGGGACCCCCCCGGGCCCAUCACCCCCACCCCCAGCGGCCUGGCCAGCGUGGCCCGCGUCCUGGCUGUCCACCGCAAAUACUGGGGCUGCCUGCGCUGUGCCGUACCAGAGGUGGAAGAAGAGGAGGAGGAGGAGAAGGAGGUAGAGGAAGACGCGGAGGAGAAUGAGGUGGAUUUGGGGGAGCUGGGGGAUGAUGUGGAGCUCCCAGGGACCCCCACUGAGGCAGAGGAGGAAGAGGAGCUCCAGUCGUGGCCCCAUCCCGCCGCCCGCGUGGGGCUGCUGUACGACGAGAGGAUGGAGGAGCACUACAACCCUUGGGACAGCCAGCACCCCGAGGCGCCGCAGCGGGUGACGAGGAUCGUGGAGCGGCUUCGGGAGCUGGGCUUGGCGCAGCGCUGCCUGCGCCUGCCCCGCCCGCCCUGCCCGGCCCAGCCAGCUGCUCGCCUGCCACACGCGGGCGCACGUGGCGGCUCUGGCCGGGACGGGGGGGCUGCGCCCCCGGGAGCUGCGGGGGGUGGCCGAGCGCUACAACUCGGUGUUCCUGUGCCCCCGCUCGUACGAGAGCGCCCGCCUGGCGGCCGGUACCGCCUGCGCCGCCGUCUCCGCCGUGCUCCGCGGGCAGGUGCGGGGGGCCCUGGCCGUCGUGCGCCCCCCCGGCCAUCACGCCCGGCCCGGCGCCGCCGGCGGAUUUUGCCUCUUCAACAACGUGGCUGGUGGCGGCGCGGCACGCGCAGCGCCUGGCGGGGGGGGCGCUCAGGGUGCUGAUCCUGGACUGGGACGUGCACCACGGCAACGGCACCCAGGAGAUCUUCGAGGAGGACCCCAGCGUGCUGUACAUCUCCCUGCACCGCCAUGACGGCUCCUUCUUCCCGGGGGGCUCCGGGGGGUCCCCGCGGCGGCGGGGGAGGGGCCGCGGCGCCGGCUUCACCCUCAACGUGGGCUGGGGGGGGCCCCGCGUGGGGGGACCCCGACUACCUGGCAGCCAUGACGCGCCUCGUCCUGCCCGUCGCCUGCCAGUUUGCCCCCCAACUGGUGCUGGUGUCGGCGGGGUUCGACGCGGGGCGGGGGGACCCCCUCGGGGGGUGCCUCGUGUCCCCCCAGACCUUCGGCCUCAUGACCCACCUGCUGGGGGGGCUGGCGGGGGGGCGCCUCGUCC